AUGGAUCUGGCUUACGAUCACAUCACAGAGAAAGGCUACGCUAAGGAGACAGGAGAGCCAAAGACUGAACAACCCCAGUCAACACUGAAUGAGGACCUCCAGGACGCCUACAAGGCUUUCUCAAACAGUCCGUGGGGCUCCAGGAUUGGCGGGUUCUUUGGCAACGUUGUUAAGCAGGGCGAAUCAGUAUACACACAAGCCUCGAAGGAGUUGGCGGAAGUAGGCGAAGAUGCAUCAAAAGGACUCACAGGUCUUCGUUCAACUAUUCUGAGCCACACAAGGAAUCUUUCAAUCAAUACCAUCACUGCCGGCGAGAGCUCUAGGUCUGGGGAGAAUGAUCCGGCCACACCAAGGGCUUCUCAAGAUGGCUCAGCAGAAGCGAAACAGUCUGAGAAUACCCUUGCUCGUCUGAGAGCGGAAGCUGCAAAGAGAUUGAAAGACCUGCAGCGAGCCGAGGAAGCCGCUGAUGAUGCCCUCAUCAAGUUUGGUGGCAAUGUCCGAAACUUCCUUCGCGAUGCCAUCAGCAUUGCACCUCCACAGGAUUCUGAUCAAAGCGGCGCUGUUCUUUUCGAGAGUAAAGACGCUCAAGGAAAGCGUGUGAUUCAUACUUCGCGAUUCGAGGCCCAACUACACGUUAUCCACACAUCAAUUGAGAGCUUCACAAAAGACCCCAACAGUGCCGAUUAUGCGGCCUGGUCAAAGGAUUUUGAUGCUGAUAAGAAGACCCCUGAAAUCAAUGAUGAUCUACAGAAAUUCCCCGAUUUACGAGCCACUAUGGAGAAGCUGGUUCCCGACCAGGUUCCUUACGUUGAUUUCUGGCAGCGCUACUAUUUCCUUCGUCACGGUAUUGAGACAGCUGAGGCCAGGCGAAGGGAUCUCCUUAAGGCUGCCUCCGCCGAGGACGAUGUUGCCUGGAGUGAUGAUGAAUCUGACGAGGAUUCUGACGACUCUGAUGACACUAGCACGCCCGCAGCUAAAGGCAAGAACGUACUCAAGACUGAACCUCAAGCUGAAUCUAAGGCUGAGCCCACGACCGAGCCCACGACCGAGCCCAAGGUGGUCGCAUCUGCUACCCCCUCCUCCACUGCCCAAUCUCCUGCAAAGAACCUCCUGAAGCCAACCGAGCCCCGCAAGUCCAACGACGAGAAGUCGCAGGCGGACAGCGAGGCCAGCUACGACGUUGUUGGAGCAACAUCUGGCAAGACGACCCAGACUCCUAACAGUCCCAAGGAAUCCAAGGAUCCUAAGGACUUGAAUGAUCCCAAAAUUACAAAGGACGUCAAGGAUUCGAAGGACGUCAAGAACCCCAAGAAGGAAGAGAGCAGCGACGAGGAGGAGGACAGCGAUGAUGAUUCAGAUAGCGAUGAGGACUGGGAAUAG